UGAGCGAGUUGGACAGCUUGGACAUCCGUGUAAGACCAUAUUUACAACAAGUUGGAUACCACAAAUGGUCAAGAUACCACUGCAAAAACAACAGGUAUUCAACUAUGACUUCAAACAUUGCUGAAUCUCUAAAUGCAGCAAACUUGACAGCUAGAGAGCUACCAAUCACAACACUGAUGGAGUCAUUGAGAGCAUUGAUUCAACAAUGGACAUACACAAACAGGAAAAAAGCACAGAAAACAACAACAUUUUUAACACCUACAGCAGAGAAGAAAUUAGUCGACAACUUUGUGGACUCAUUGACAGAAAAUGUAAAACCAAUAAACGAGACCAUGUUCGAAGUCGUUGAACUAACCAGAUCAUGGGUCAUCAACCUCAAGGAGAAAACAUGCAGUUGCAACAGAUUCCAACUUGAUGAGUUACCGUGUGCUCAUGCGCUUGCUGUUAUAAAAGAGAUGAACUUGAAUGUUUACAACUACUGUUCGGGUUAUUACACCACGCGAACAUGGCUUGAAACAUACAGCGGCUCAACAUAUCCGGUACACAAUCACACAACUUGGGAUGUGCCACAAAACAUAAAAGAUAUCAUUGUUCUGCCACCAAACCAAAAAAUAAGAUCUGGAAGACCAAGGAAACGAAGGUUUUUAUCUGAAUGGGAUACAAAAAAACAUAACAGGUUGACCUGUGAUGUUCUAAAUACAUGGGAUUUCAUUUUUAUGAAAUUUGAAACAGUUUUUUAUUAG